AUGCAGCGAUGUCCAUUACAACUCCUCCGGCUACCUAGCUCCAUUCGAUCCCAAUAUGCAUAUGCAUAUGCCUCCUCCCAAUUUGUCUUCGCGCAAUCAAGCACCCGCCCUCGCGCCUUCACUACCUCGAUAGCAUAUCGAGCUCAAGCUUCGAAAGUUCUUUCAGAAGUAGAGCGCCGCAUCCAAGCCAUCCCCAUUGACCGGUUCCGAAAUUUCUGCAUCGUAGCACAUGUUGAUCAUGGCAAGAGCACGCUCAGCGACCGACUCCUAGAAAUAACGGGCACGAUUGCGCCAGGAGGAAAUAAACAGAUUCUGGACAAGCUAGAUGUAGAGCGCGAACGAGGAAUCACGGUCAAGGCUCAGACAUGUAGUAUGAUAUAUAAACACAAAGGGGAGGACUAUCUGCUCCAUCUUGUCGAUACACCAGGCCAUGUAGAUUUUCGUGCGGAGGUUAGCCGUUCGUAUGCUAGUUGUGGCGGGGCGCUUUUGCUGGUAGAUGCCAGUCAGGGUGUGCAGGCGCAGACGGUUGCAAAUUUCUAUUUGGCGUUCUCGCAGGGACUGACGUUGGUGCCGGUUAUUAACAAGGUCGACUUACCUUCUGCGGAUUCGCCGAGGGCUUUGGAGCAGAUGAAGACUGCGUUUGAGUUGGAACCGGAGAAUGCUGUUUUGGUGUCUGCGAAGACGGGAUUGAAUGUUGAGGCGAUUUUACCGCAGGUCAUUGAGCAGAUACCUUGUCCGGUAGGGGACCAUAAGAAACCUCUACGAUUGCUGCUGGUAGAUUCUUGGUAUGAUAAUUAUAAGGGUGUGGUUUUGUUGGUUAGGGUGUUUGAUGGGACUAUCAAGGCUGGGGAUCAUGUUGUUUCUUUUGCAACUGGAAAAAAGUAUUUCGUUGGAGAGGUUGGAAUUAUGUAUCCACACCAAACCGCUCAAAGCUCACUUCGAGCGGGUCAGGUUGGAUAUAUACAUUUCAACCCGGGGAUGAAGAAGAGUGCUGAAGCAUUGAGUGGGGAUACCUUCACAACUGUCGGCUCAGAAGGACUAGUCGAGCCAUACCCCGGAUUUGAAGAACCAAAGUCUAUGGUUUUCGUUUCAGCAUUUCCAGUGGAUCAAAGUGAUCACGGUCACCUGGAAGACUCAAUCAAUCAAAUCGUUCUCAACGACAGAAGUGUGACUCUCCAAAAGGAGUCCUCGGAAGCGUUAGGCGCAGGCUGGAGAAUGGGCUUCCUAGGAACGCUUCAUUGCUCUGUUUUCGAAGACCGUCUCCGACAAGAACACGGAGCAAGUGUCAUCAUCACACCUCCCAGCGUCCCUUUCAAAGUCAUCUGGAGAGAAGGUCUCAAAGAAGAAGUUAUUUCCAACCCAAAUAACUUCCCGGAUAACACCAAAUACCAAAACAAAGUCUCGGAGCUCCAAGAACCAUACGUCUCAGCGACCAUCACACUCCCAGAGGAAUAUCUCGGCAAAGUCAUUGAACUCUGUGAAGCGAAUCGUGGAGAACAAGUGGAACUCACCUUCUUCAGCGCGACCCAAGUAAUUCUCAAAUACGACAUCCCCCUCGCCCAGCUAGUCGACGACUUCUUCGGCAAACUCAAGGGCGCAACCAAAGGCUACGCCUCGCUCGAAUACGAAGACGCCGGCUUCCGACGCAGCAACAUCGUCAAGAUGCAGCUUCUCGUCAACAAAGUGCCCGUCGAUGCCGUCGCUCGAGUCCUCCACCACUCGCAAGUCGAGCGUCUGGGCAAGAUCUGGGUCAAGAAGUUCAAGGAACACGUUGACCGACAGAUGUACGAAGUUAUCAUCCAAGCCGCGGUGGGGAAUCGCAUCGUGGCGAGAGAAACUAUCAAGCCCUUCCGUAAAGAUGUGCUUCAGAAGUUGCACGCGGCGGAUAUUGGACGCAAGAGGAAGUUGCUCGAUAAGCAGAAGGAGGGCAGGAAGAAGUUGAAGGCGGUGGGGAAUAUUACUAUUGACCAUAAGGCUUUUCAGAAGUUCUUGGCCAAGUAG